UUUGCAGUGCAACAUCUAUGUUCUCUGGGUUCUUUGGUUCAAGAUUUAAAUUCUUCUUCAACUGCUUUCGUGUCACCUUCAUCAAAAACACGUCUGUGCAUUAGAGAAUUGCUCUAUAUAUUUUAUCAAACAAAAUUUCAAAGCUUGACUAUUUACCUCAUUCAAGAAAUGAUUAUUUUAUUUCUCUUUCACAUCUAAGCUUCUUUUAUUUAUUUAAUACUCUUCCUUGUUGGGGUUCAGAGCUUCCUAGUUCCUGUCAUCUACACCCAUCUUGCUUCUUUGACACCAGUUCCUUGAGGGAAGCCAUGACCAUGGCUUUCUCUCGCAUUUGGUAUAUUGGGUUGUGCUCUGUUCUUCUCCUCCUCCAUAGAGGAGCUGAAGCAUCUCACCCGAUCUACAUGCAUCUUCAAUCUGUUCAAUCUACUUCAGCGGUUGAUCACCAGCCUUAUAGAACUGCUUAUCAUUUCCAACCUCCCCAAAACUGGAUGAAUGAUCCUAAUGGACCGAUGAUUUAUAAGGGAAUUUAUCAUCUCUUCUACCAGUAUAAUCCAUUUGGUGCGGUUUGGGGUAACAUUGUAUGGGCACACUCAACCUCCACUGAUCUAGUCAACUGGGUUCGCCAUGAUCCUGCUAUUUACCCGUCUGAACCAUUCGACAUUAAGGGUUGCUGGUCUGGUUCCGCUACAUUCCUCCCCGGCGGCAAGCCCGCCAUUCUUUACACCGGCAUAGACCCACAAAACCGCCAGGUUCAAAACUUAGCAUUUCCCAAGAACCUCUCUGAUCCCCUCCUCAGAGAAUGGAUAAAACUAGCACAAAAUCCUCUGAUGGCUCCCAUUAAUGGCAUCAACGCAAGCUCAUUCAGGGACCCAACCACUGGUUGGCGGGGAGCUGAUGGGAGGUGGAGGGUGAUCAUUGGUAGCAAGAGAAGACGCCGGGGAAUGGCAAUUCUGUAUAGGAGCAAGGAUUUUAUUCACUGGACCAAAUCUCAACACCCACUCCAUUCGUCGGACAACACCGGAAUGUGGGAAUGCCCAGAUUUCUUCCCAGUCUCUCCCAACGGCAAAAUGGGUCUCGAUACUUCAGUCAUUAAUCCGGGUGUUAAGCAUGUGCUUAAGGUGAGCUUGGAUGAUACCAAACACGAGUAUUACACAAUUGGUACUUAUGAUCCUGCCAAGGAUCAGUACAGUCCCGAUCCUGGCUCUGUAGACAAUGGUUCAGGCCUGAGAUACGACUAUGGAAAAUUUUACGCUUCGAAAACAUUUUUUGAUGACUCGAAGAAGAGGAGGAUAUUGUGGGGUUGGAUAAAUGAAUCCUCUAGUGUAGCCGAUGAUGUAGAGAAGGGAUGGUCUGGACUUCAGGCAAUCCCAAGGCUUCUCUGGCUCGAUUCAAGUGGGAAACAACUGGUGCAAUGGCCAAUCGUUGAAAUUGAACAACUACGAGGAGACCAAGUUAAUUUGGCCAACAAAGAGAUUAAGGGAGGGUCAGUACUCGAAGUUUCAGGAAUAACAGCCUCCCAGGCGGAUAUUGAGGUUUCAUUUGACCUUUCAAAGCUAGAGAAGGCAGAGGUGAUGAACCCGAGUUGGGUUAACCCACAACUGCUCUGCAGCAAAAAAGGUGCUUCAGUUAAAGGUGGGAUAGGGCCAUUUGGAUUACUGGUUCUGGCAUCGAAGGACAUGAAAGAACAGACAGCCAUCUUCUUCAGGGUAUUCAAAGAUGGCAAGAGAUAUGUGGUGCUCAUGUGCAGUGACCAAAGCAGGUCUUCCUUGGGUAAAGACAUUGAUAAAACAAGCUAUGGAGCUUUCGUGGACGUAGAUCCUCUUCACGAGAAGUUGUCAUUGAGGACUUUGAUAGAUCACUCAAUUGUGGAGAGUUUUGGUGGACAAGGAAAGGCUUGCAUCACUGCUAGGGUGUAUCCAAAACUGGCUAUUGGAAACGGAGCCCACCUCUUUGCAUUUAAUAAUGGAGCUGAGAGUGUGAAAAUAGCAAGCUUGAGUGCUUGGAGUAUGAAGAGGGCUCACAUCAAUGAAGCUUAGCUAGCAAAAGUGAAAUCAGAGGGGAUUAUUAUAAGAAGCAUGAUAGAAACUGUAUUCUUAUUAUUUGGUCUAAAUAAAGGUAGGACUUAGGAAGAGUUGCGUGAAGCGUUAGGGUCUACAAUAAUCAAUAAUCAACACUGAGGUGUUCCAUCCACAUCAUAAUAUCUUACCAUGUUAGAACAAAAAGGAAGCCUAUCAAAAAGAUUCCAACAAUAAGGGAAGAGAGUUCACAUUAUUGUUCAUCAGUUCCCAUCUCAUGGAGAUCCUCUCCCAUGUACCUAUUUAUCUUUUGUUAAUUGGGCGUUAUGCUUCUACUUAA